CAUGUAGCGCGUUGGCCUUCAAAAGUUCCCGUGGGGCGGUGGCUCCUUGGCACAUAUAUAUUCUUCAUACCUUCAGAUCCUUUGAUUCAUCUGAUCAGCCCACUCCAGCGCCUCGAUUCCCAGCACUCGAACUCCACCAUGGAUUCCCCGCAGAGCCUGGCCGAGGUUUUACCAGUCUGGUAUAUUGGAGAGCACAACACCAAAAGGCUCCAUCCUGUGACCGACGAGCUUUUAAAUCAUGUCCAAGAUCUUGGAUAUGAUAUGCUCACUACCACCAUCACGAACUCACACUUCCAAACCCGGGUUUUGAGCUUAUUACGGUCGUACAAUCAAGCUGUUGAGGAGGAUUCUAGCUCCUCUCAAGUGCAAGCUCUUCCUUUGAUCCCUGCCUUGGAGGAUGCCGAUACCCCACUUACUCCAAGCGACACGAUCACUCAGUAUGUUUACUAUACCAGUUCCUGGAUUGACUUGGGAUCCCCCGACCCUGUGAUUGCCCAUCUAUCUAGACAGGUCUUCAUUAGGGAGAUCGCAUAUGCUGGCUUUCUAAACGCAUCCACUGUCGUUAUUCCAGGACCCCGCUUAUCAAAUGGUUCAAACGGAAUUUCUCAAUAUGCUCGUGCUGUCAAAGAGGCUUUGUCUGCUGGAAGCUACCUUCACCUCCACGUAUUGAUGCCCAUGGAUGGGUCCAAAAUUGACAGUGAUGAUGAAGAUGUAGGCGAUCUCGCACGAUUCGCUCGACCAGAAUACAUCACAGAGGCCCAGAAGCCGAAGAGUCCGGAUCCGUACAGCACCUGGGAUGCGUGGAACACGAUCAGAACUAUCUGUAAAUAUCACAGUAGACUCUCAGUUGCUCUCGAUCUCCCCCGACGGCUUCCGUCAUCAGCACUCCAGUCACGUUGGUAUUCUGAGCCUCUACGCAUUCUUAACAUCCCUGCAUCCUCGUUUUUGGUCAACACUCGAGGAUCUUUCGUUUUGUCUAAAUCUCAUCAACUUUUCAUCUUCCGCUGCCUCCGCUUGAAGUCGCCUCCAUGGAUACUUCUUGCUGACAUAGGCUCCAUACCGGGUGUUGAUGACCCGGAUAUGAUCAUGUCGUAUUCUACCGGACAUCUAUCCCCAGAGGUCGCUGCUGAUGCCCCUAGUCCGGGCGCGUCUCAAUCGGCCUCCCCGACACCCGCUGAAGCUGCUCAAAUGGCUAGUAAAUCGAGCAAGAAGAGCGCUUUCAACGACCCUACUCCUCACCUGAGUUAUCUGCGAUUUCUGCAGCGCAAUCAACCCGCCAAGACGCAGCUUGAACGCUUUGGUGGCGGCUUUCAGGACUAUCUACAGAGCCCUCUGCAGCCGUUGACGGACAACCUGGAGUCCAUCACCUACGAGGUGUUUGAAAAAGAUCCUAUCAAGUACGCAUGGUAUGAACAGGCCGUAGCCCAGGCUUUGCGAGACUGGAAAGCUCUACAGAAGACGACAAGCUCCGAGGAUGGUGCCGUUGUCAUAGCUGUGGUUGGCUCAGGUCGCGGACCGCUCGUCACUCGUGCGCUCAAUGCAAGCGAGAGUACCGGUAUUCCGGUUCGUGUGUACGCCAUCGAAAAGAAUCCCAACGCCUAUGUUUUGCUCUGCCGCCACAAUAAAGAGACUUGGGGUGGUCGUGUAACGGUGGUCAAGACCGAUAUGCGUGCAUGGAAAGGUCCGACGCAAUCCGACGGCACUUUUGGGAAGGUAGAUAUAUUGGUCAGCGAACUUCUCGGAAGUUUUGCAGACAAUGAACUCUCGCCUGAAUGCCUCGACGGUGUGCAACAUGUUCUCAAUCCUAACCAUGGAAUCUCGAUUCCCUCGAGUUAUACGGCGCAUUUCACACCACUAGCAACACCUAGGAUCUGGUCGGAUCUGUACUCGAGAAGCACAAGUGUGGACCCCACUGCUUUCGAAAUCCCUUGGGUGGUUAUGCUUUCCCAGUUUGACUACCUUUCAUUCGAACCAGGUCAGCCAGAGGUUCCCCUCCAGCUUUCCAAUGGCACGAAAAUGAGCCACUUCAAUCUCGAACCGCCUCUCGCUCCUGUUGUCCACACGGCUUGGGAGUUCUCGCACCCAUUACCUCCUUCGGUUCUAGCUCAAUCAUCGCUACGUCGUGGUGGUUCUGCGGUAGGCGGAAGCGGCGGGUUUACCGGAGGAGAUGGGGCCAACGAGCACAACUAUCGCUUUUGCAAUAUCAAAUUUGACAUCCAGGAACAGGGCAUAUGCCACGGCCUGGGUGGCUACUUCGAAACCGUCCUGUAUAGCGGGACAGAGGGACCUAUAGAACUCAGCACUAACCCGGUCACCAUGGAUCAAAAGAGCAAGGACAUGAUAUCAUGGUUUCCCAUCUUCUUCCCACUCAAGACACCCAUGCACCUCCCUUCGCGGUCUGAGAUUGAAGUCAGUAUGUGGAGACACACUGACGAUCGGAGAGUAUGGUAUGAGUGGCUAGUCGAAAGUUUCAUGACUGUGAACGGGCAAAGGAUACGUCUAGGCGUCUCAGACUUGCACUCCAGCAAGAGCAACGGCUGCUUGAUCACCCAAGCUCAAGCUCCCCACCACACCCAUCCCAUCCGACCUCAUCCGACUUCAUCGCAAUCCCACACCCCUCAAUCCCCUAAACAAUCCGAUAAGUGCACCAUGCCCGUUCCCUUCUGGACAAUUGGCUGCCUCUACGGCGCGACCUCCGUCGCCAUCGGCGCAUUCGGUGCCCACGGCCUCAAAUCACGCAUAGCAGACCCCUCGCGCCUCGCAAACUGGAGCACAGCAUCGCAGUACCAGUUAAUGCACUCCCUCGCGCUAACCCUCACUACCGUUGCCGCACCCACCAAUACCCUCGCCAUGGGCCUCUUCACCGCUGGCAUGACGAUGUUCUCGGGUAGUAUCUAUUUGCUGGUACUUGAUCCGCAGAGGUUCAAGGCGCUUGGGCCGGUUACACCGCUUGGUGGGGUUUGCUUGAUUGGGGGAUGGAUUGCGCUUGCUGUGGGGAGGAGGGGGGCGAUUGCGCCGCCGAAGUUUAGGUAG